AUGGCAUCUGCUCUCGCGCCUGGCACGCCUGUGCUGUAUCCUCUACAUGAACUGAGCGUUGCUGGCGACAGGCCAUCUUUAGCACUGAAGAGAAUAAAAAAUGAGUUGACGGGGCAUUCUUUACGAAAGAUUGAAUACAUUCGAAACGGAACUGUACCUGCUCUCACAGAGAUUCUGUUCAACGUUCUUGCAGAGCUGCAGACCACUGGCGCCACGGCUCCGAAACCUGAGGAUGAGGACACUUUCGCGCAAAUUGCCCAAAUCUUUUGUGUGAUCGCCCAUGAAGGGCCUUCUUUGGUACAACCCCUAUUAGAGACAGACGUCCUGCGCGGAUUGAUAUCCUGCCUCCUCAUACCCGUGUCCUCCAGAACAUCCCUCGCAGUGUUGAGAUGCCUCAAUGCCGUUGCGGAAAAUCUCCCUCCCGCGGACUCUGAACAAUGGUUACCACAUCGGGAACUUGCAGACUUGCUCUAUUCUAAAAGAUACAUCUCAUGCUUUGCCAACAUUAUCGCUGGGGCUGGCGAUACAGGAGUAUCUCAGCAAGCCUGCGAUGCCGUCCUAGCCCUGCUGUGCAAAACGGCCACACUGGAAUGGCAGAAACGUUCGCUUGUCGAGAGUGGAGUGUUGUCGCUGCUUUCGGCUCGCUUGGCAUCAUUCGUCGUUGCAGAAGGACUCGUUCCGCCCAGUCCGGAAUCACUCCUUGACGAUGAUGGUACGCGUGCCCGCAUGCCUAGGCCGGCUCCAUCCUUUGCCCACCUAUCGCCUGUGCUUGAAUCUCUUUCCAUCCUGAUCGAACAUUCCAGGAAGAGGGCAAACCUGUUUCUUUCUGAUCCGACUGUUAAGGCUGUACUUCCAGACCUGAAGGAUGGUUUCUCUCCAACGGAUAUUCGACAGGCGCCGUGGGGAGUAAGUUAUUUUUCUGGGGCGGCAGUCCCGCGCCUUUGUCCACAUGGGCCAUUUGACUACCUCCUCCCUUCCAUGCCAAUAUCCGAUGGUGCAAAAUCGGCUAUGCAGUCUGGGUUUCCUCCCUUGGGCUCUAUUGCCGCUUUACCGAAAAGACGAGCGUCGUUUUUGCCAACAACGGCCGUCCCACCUCGACUGGCUUUAAAUCAUGUUUCCACUGAUGAGACCCAAGAGAGCUCCGUUAUACCCUGGCUCCUUUCCACCGUCCGUGAGUCCAAAGCAAAGCGCCGCCUCCUCGCUGCUAAGCUGCUGGUAGACCUCUGUGGCUUGGGUCUCGUCACAAGGGGCCGACGAGCCUCAUUUGCUGCUUUAUUGGUUCCGCUUUUGACUCGGAUGCUGGUAUCGGAUGCGGUCCAGACGGACCAAAGUGAUGGGUUUCGCGGAUCGCAUUUAUGCGGUGGGCUUCAUUACACGAGAGCUGUUCCAGCCGUUCUAGCUGCUCUUGUCAUGGAUGACCCCGGGAUGCAAAAAGUUGCCGUCGACAGUAACGCUAUAGCUGCCUUGUCAGCCGGGCUCAAACUGACAUUUGAUGGUCCAGCUAGGCGAAAGCCAUCGCCUUGGCAGCCUUACAAGAUCACUGAAAUGGAAACCGAACAAACACUACCUGGUACUCGACUAGGCACUGGGGGCCCAACGUGGACGGUGCGGCGGGAAAUGGACUACCGGGAGGGGUGUCUGCGAGCGCUGGCUGCAAUUGCUCCGUUUGAGGAUGACUACCGUAAGGAAAUAUGCGACCAAGGAGUACUGACGCACGUCAUGCUAGCUCUUGAGCCGUACCAGGUCCAGUACAGCUUGGGUCGGCGGGUAGAAGCGACGGGAAAUCCUGUCCCGGUUGUACUUGCUGCUUGCGGAGUGGUGAGGGUGCUUACGAGGUCAGUGAAAGCGUUGAGAACGAAGCUGAUCGAGGCGGACGUUGCGAAACCCAUCAUCAAUCUUAUGAGCUCGACAAAUCCAGAACUGAGGAUCGCUGCGACGAAAGUACUCGCAAACCUGGCCAUUGACUUCAGCCCAGUUAAGGAAAGUGUGGGAGACUCGGCUGUCGUCAAAAAGUUGUGCGAGCAGGCCCAUUCCGCAAACGCAAGGUUACGGUUGGAGUCGCUCUGGGCUCUUAAGCAACUUGUCUUGAAUGCCAGCAAGAAGCUGAAACAGGAUGUGGUAGACGAGUUGGGCCCAAGCUGGAUAAAACUAUUGAUCAAGACGGACCCCAACGACAUUCCGAAGGGCGAAGUGAUUGGCCUGGUGGAAAGGGAGUAUCCACCUCUAACAAGUGACCCUCGACCAUCGUCUGGACGCAACAAUACGCAUGACGUGGUCAUGAGUGAUGAUUCGGACGACGGACUGGAUAUUGCCCAAACACUGGGCAAUGACGCAAGCUUUGACGGCAGCACCGGAUUUGACACGAGACACACGACCGAGGAUGAUACGGAAAUACAAGCUCAGCUGCUAGACCUGCUUCGCAAUCUUUUUUGUGGCGACAAUGCAUCUGAUCUUGUGAAAUAUAUCUUGGAUGAGGUGGGCCAGGACGACUUCUUCAGAAUCAUGCUUGACAGACUGAGGCCACGCACCAUAGCUGGUCCAACUCGCAAAGAGAACUACACGACACCUGCACCAAGCGCGAUUGUCGUCAAGGUGCUGUACAUCCUCGUACAUGUCGGAGCAUGCGACUCGAGGUGGAGGAACGCGAUCGCGUCACACCAUGCCCUGAUGAAGCAGGUGUUGACUUUCUGCAGUCAUUCCGACCGGGAGAUCCGGGCACAAUGCUGCUGGAUCGCCAUAAAUCUAACCUACGAAGAUGAUGCUAGUGACCGACUAGCCUGCAAACAUCGGGCUGUUGAACUCCAGAAAAUCGGAUUUGUAACGCAACUUCGGAAGCUGGAAGGCGAUCCCGACUUGAACGUCCGGGAGAGAGCGAAAUCGGCCAUUCAUCUGCUGUCAAAAUUGAUAGCGCAGUGA